AUGCUUGAUGAUCAAGAGGUGCUUGAGCAGAGAAUGCUUCUGUGGGGUGAGGAGGAGGAAGAGAUGAGAGUGCCGCGCGAGGAGAUUGAAGUAGAAGAGGAAGUCGAGCUGGAAGAUGAGGCUUUGAUCGUGUUUCCCUGUGCUGGGAUGUCGUUUCGGUGGUUUCGAGCAGUAGAAGGUGGUGAUUGUGAGAUCGGUCGAAGAGUAGCUUACGACAUAAUUGGAAAGUAUCGCACGAGUCUAGUAGCCAGAGGUGGUUCAUUCAUAGGCUGCGGAGAUAAUUUGUUGUUCUCUCUCAAAUUGUGUUGA